CCUUUUGGGACUAGUCUGUCGGUGUCAGCGAUUCAAAAUAAUAAUAAUAAAGGACAGUGAAUCGCUUUAUUAAAAGAGACCUGGGAUCAGGUCAUCAUGGCUGGUGACUGUGUGUUAGCAUUACGGACGUUUCUUCCUGCAGUGGUGGUGAUUGUGCUGACUUUGCUGGCGUCCUCGUCCGAGGGUCUGAGGUUCCUGGGACAGCCCGAGACCUACGCUCGCUACCCCAAGUGGAAUGCCUGCCACAACGCCUCCCUCAGCUUCGAGUUCCGCACCAGUCAGCCCACAGCACUGCUGCUGUACACGGAUGACAAUGGCCGCUACGAUUACCUGCAGCUGGCGUUGACCAAAGGUUCUGUGCGUCUGUGGAUCAACUUCGUUGGCGAGGAGAACCGCUAUGUGGACAUCGAAGCCAACACGGAACCGCUCAACGACGGUCGCUGGCAUCGUGUGGAGAUCCGCCGCAACCGCAUGGAGACCGUGCUCCUGGUGGACGGCACCCAGACCAGCAAGGUGGCUCUGGGAUCCGACUUUGAGUUCGGCCGCGACCCGGCGCAGAACAACUACAUCUUCUUCGGUGGCGUGCCCAACAGCUACGCCAACAACCUACGAGGGCUGGCCCUGCCAUCGGCCUUCUUCACAGAGAAGUUUCGUGGCGACGUUCGGAAUAUUUUAUACUUCAACUGCUCUUGCAUCCCAGUGCGAGCCUCCUUGGUGGAGGGGCAGGGCGUGACCUCCGACCCCGCCGAGGCCUGUGAGGUCAAGAACUCGUGCCCCGAAGACUGCCCCUGCAUCAGCGCCGAUAACGGGUCUGGAUGCGAGUGCAAGUACAAACGAGAAUGUCACAAAGACACCCUGGCCAGCUACCACCUGCCCAUGGACGAGAUCAUAGACGGUGCUGUGGUAAACCCGUCAGGCCUGGACAGUGUGGUGGAGGGAGGAGCGCAGCUGACCCAGGGGGUGAGACGCAACGCGCUGGUCAUCGACGGCCGGUCCCAGUGGCUGAGGGUCACCGGCGCCCCCAUCGCCUGGAGUGCAUGGGCGACCUGGCACGCUGCGACAAAGGCUACUUCCUGGCGAUGUGGCUGCAGUUUCGUGGAGUCGGGUACCAGCGCGGCGUCUACCUGUCCAACGGCGGCCACAGCGCGGACAGCCACGGGGUGGCGUUCUUCUACUCCAAAGGCAAGCUGGAGGUCGUCUUCAAGAUGGCAGAUGGUCGCGAAUGGCGAGCGCGCGCCAGCGACGUUCUGGAGGAUCGUUGGUAUCACGUUGCAGCCACGUGGUCGCAAGAUGAAGGCCUGCACCUGUACAUCAACGGGGAGAGAGUUCACCGCAUCAAGACGCCCACCAGACGGCAGGCUGUGUCUGAGUCGUCACGGUACAACGGUUUCUACGUCGGCCGCGCCAACGACAACACUGGCACUGAGCGGCUGGGACGGGUGAUGGUUGAUGACUUGAUCUUCGUGUCGGCUUUUAAAACCGAGGCUGAGGUUAAAGAGUCAGGUCCCAUCUACCAUUACUACCUAUCCAUGGAUGAGAUGCAGCAGGACCAGGUGACAGGCGAAGGACUCUCAGCUCGGGUGUACGGUCCGGUCAACAGGGGAAGUGGCAAGAUAGAGGGCGCUUUGUCCUUCACGGGUAGC